AUGUCUGUCUUCAAAGACCACUUCAGCACCAACCAUUCCUGCAAAGACGAUGAAGGACACAUCGAUCUCUGUCCCGAAGACUCAUCUCUCAUCGUCGCCAUUCUCAGCGGUGGAGCCGCCAUCGGCGCUUUAGUCGCAGCUCCAUCUGGUGACAGCAUCGGGCGGCGGAAGACAUUACUCGCAGCUGUCACCACAUUUUGUAUUGGAGCAAUCUUUCAAAUAUGCGCUAGAGCAACACCAAUGUUAUUAGUAGGAAGGUUACUUGCUGGCGUUGCAGUCGGAGCUAUUUCCGUUCUCGUCCCUCUUUACCAGUCCGAGACUGCACCGAAAUGGAUACGCGGGACCAUCAUAUGCGCGUAUCAGUUCUCCAUCACGGUGGGGAUAUUAACUGCGACUACUAUCAACGUCGGCACAUCGAAUAUCAACAGCGAUGCCGCAUAUCGGAUACCACUUGGCCUCCAACUCGUACCCGGCCUCAUCCUGGCCGCUGGUAUUCUUUAUCUCCCAGAGACUCCUCGGUUUCUCGUCAAGAAAGGACGACUGGAUAUGACGCAUCCUGCUCUGGUGGAUGAGCUUCAAGAGAUUAUCGCAAAUCAUCAGUAUGAACUAACCCUCGGUCACGAUACAUAUAAAGCUCUCUUUGCGAGAAACUCCUCCCUUGGCCGUCGAACCAUGACCGGAUGUGGGCUACAAAUGCUGCAACAACUAACUGGUAUUAACUUCGUCAUGUAUUACGGAACCACUUUCUUCAGCAAUGCCGGGAUCAACAAGCCCUUCCUCACCAACCUAGCCAUGAUCAUCAUCAACUGCGUUUGCACAGUACCUGGUCUCAUCGUAAUCGAAUCGUGGGGGAGACGCAAGCUCCUCAUGGCUGGCGCUCUGGGCAUGGGUAUUUCUCAGUUGCUGAUAGCAGCUGUGUACUCAGCUGCUAACGACAAGAUGGAAAAGUCUCAUGGAGGGGCCUCUAACAUGGUCCUUGUCAUCUUUUGUGCCAUCAACGUGUUUUUCUACGCAUCAUCCUGGGGACCUGUUGCCUGGGUUGUUACUUCGGAGAUCUUCCCACUCAAAGUUCGCGCGAAGGCCAUGUCAGUAUCAACAACAGCAAACUGGCUCUUGAACUUCGGAGUAGCAUACGCACCACCAUAUAUCCUCGGCAGAGGUGCCAACGCAUUCGGGCUCAAGAUCUUCUUCAUCUGGGGGACGUGUUGUCUCCUUUCCAUUGCUUUCGUAUGGCUGAUGGUAUACGAAACUAGCAAGAUGACACUGGAGCAGAUUGACGAGAUGUACGAGAGAGUAAGAUAUGCAUGGGAGAGUCCAGGGUUCAACCCUACAUGGAGCUUCCAACAGAUGCAGAACGCAGGCUGGGCAGCGAAUGGGCAGCCAGAACAACAGGCUGGCGAUGGACAUUCAACAUCGAACGUCAACUCGACAGACGAUGAGACCCAUGAAACGGCGCCGAUAAGGCCAGAUAAUGCACACGGAUCGACGACUCCUAUGGCGAAUUUGGAUUUUAGUUACUAA